UUUUUUUUCUCACGAUAUUUAUUAAAAAAAAAAAAGUGGCAUUUUUUCUUCUUCUUCUUUCUCCUUUCCUCUUCUCCACAUUUCUUUAUAUUCAAUUAACCAUGGUUCUUACUAGCUUCAUCAACGUAUCCAAGGAUUCUCACUUUCCUAUUCAAAACUUACCUUAUGGUAUCUUCUCCACAAACGAAAAGGUAAACCUUCCUUUUUUGAAACAUAGAAAAAGGAAUUGAAAACUUGUUUACAUAAUAUAUAGAUUCAACCUCGCGUAGGUGUUGCUAUUGGUGAUCAAAUUCUUGACUUGUCUGAACUUGCAAAAGCUGGUCUUUUUGAAAGUGUACAAGGAUUAGAUGCUACUAAAGUGUUUGCUCAGGUAAUUAGGAUGUUUAGAAAUGGAGAGAAAAGAAUAUUUAUUAUUUUUUUUAUUAUUAUUAUGCUAGUCCACUUUAAAUGAAUUCAUGGAAUUAGGUCGUCCUGUAUGGAAGAACACUCGUUUACAAAUUCAAAAGUUAUUGAGUGCUGAUGAAUCUCAACUUCGUGAUAAUCAAGAACUCCGUGCUAAGGCGUUUGUUCCUCAAUCUGGUGCCAAACUUCACCUUCCAGCUCAAAUUGGUGAUUAUACUGAUUUUUACUGCUCUCGUGAACAUGCUACUAAUGUUGGUAUUAUGUUCCGUGGUAAGGACAAUGCUUUACAACCCAAUUGGCUUCAUAUUCCUGUUGGUUAUCAUGGUCGUGCUUCCUCUGUAGUUGUGUCCGGUACUGAUAUUGUACGUCCUUCUGGUCAACGUAUUACACCUGCAGAUAAAUCCCAACCUAUUUUCGCUCCCAGUGCAAAACUUGAUAUUGAACUUGAAGUGGGAUGGUUUGUAGGUACUGGUAAUAAACUUGGUAGUCGAAUUGAAGUGGCCGAUGCAAAAGAUCAUAUCUUUGGUAUGGUGAUUAUGAAUGAUUGGAGUGCUCGUGAUAUUCAAGCUUGGGAAUACGUUCCUUUGGGUCCUUUCUUGGGAAAGAAUUUUGGUACUACUAUUUCUCCUUGGAUUGUCACUAUGGAUGCUCUUGAACCUUUCUUGGUAGAUGGUCCUUCUCAAACCUCUCCUGAACCUUUACCUUACUUGAAAGAAUCCCAACCUUCUGCUUAUGAUGUUAAACUUGAAGUUCAAUUGAAACCAUCUGAAUCUUCCAAGUUCCAAACUGUGGCAAAAUCAAAUCUCAAACAUAUGUACUGGUCAGUGACUCAACAGUUAGCUCAUCACACUGUCAAUGGUUGUAAUAUGCGUGCUGGUGAUAUGUGUGGUACUGGUACUAUCUCUGGACCUGCUGAAUCUGAAUAUGGUUCUUUCUUGGAAUUAACUUGGAAUGGAACAAAGAAACUUACUCUUGAAGAUGGUGUUGAACGUGUAUUCUUACAAGAUGGUGAUGAAAUCAACUUGACUGGUUAUUGUGAAUCUACUGAAGGUUACCGUAUUGGUUUUGGUGAUUGUCAUGGCAAGAUUUUACCCUGUCCUUAUAAAUAGAUAUCUUCUAAACAAAACUUUAUUCAUUUUAAAAAACUCUUUUUCUACAUUAUAUAAUAAAUCAAUCCAUCUUAUACUUUUCA